AUGGGAGAGCGUAGCGAUGCCGACGAAGAGGACAUCGCGGAGUUUAUUUCGCGCUCCCACAUCGAUGAAGCUGCAGCUGCAGCGCUGAAGUCCCUGCCAGUGGAUCAGCAGCUGGAGGUCAUUGCUGGGAGUAUCACACGCGCCGCCAACCCCUCUGCCGUCCUGCUUUCACGGAUCAAGCGGGUGAAGUUAGGGAUGCGGAAUCGUAAGCGUCCACACUCACCAGCUGGAGACGUUAUGCCUCCAGUGCCACCACCUUGCGAUGCUGACCACAACUCUGCUGUAGAACAGUUUUUGGAGCACCACGGAAUAAAUGCUGAAGCUUGCCAGUCUUUGUGGGAGCUGUCGCCUGCACUGCAAAGGCUGGUAAUUCUGGAGCCACUACCAGAAUCCGCAAAUGCUUAUGAUGCGCUGCUGGAGCGCAUCACCGAAGUUCUGGCAGCUUCACCACCAGAAGAGGCCGCAGCAGCACCAGAUUCGGAUGCUGUCACGGACUUCCUCAAAAACAACAACAUCAGUGGCGAAGUUGAGAGCAUCCUACGCAAGCUGCCGGAGGAGCAGCAAAAUGCUGUGGUUGCCACGCCGCUCACCGGGGCCCAAAAGCCUUCGGCUGUCUUGUUGUCUCGCAUCAACCGCAUCAAGUCAGGCCAUGGAGUCAGUGACCUGGACCUUUUCUUGCAGACUUAUCCGUUCGACGGCGAUGCCCGCCGCAGCUUCCUGGAACUGAGGGCUGACCAGCAGCGUCAGCUCAUGAAUGAAGAUUUCUCGAUGUGUAGGAACCCGAGCGCCUACCUCAUGUCCCGCGUGCGAUACAUUAAAGAUACGGAGGCCCAAGUCCAAGAGCGCAAGGGGAGGGCAUGGCCUAGCCCACCUCCCCAACCACCCCCACCACAGCCGCCACAGCCACCACAGCCGCCACCUCCACCUCCACCACCGUCAGGCAACGACAUCCUUGAAACCUUCUUGAGCCGGCACGGAAUCGAUGCAGGGGGUCGAGAAGCUCUGCGGCAGCUCCCGGCCGAGCUACAGCUUGCAGUGCUUGCGCACGAUCACGACAUUGGCGAAGGAGGUCGGAAUCCAUCUCAGCACCUGGUCUCGCUGAUUGGGAUGGCUUGGGCUGGCACUUUGAAGCCACCGCAGGCAUCGGAUCAUGAGGCACAUGAGGCCUUUUUGGGCAGAAGUGGAAUCGAUGACGCUGCGAGACAAGCCUUCUUCGAGCUUCCAACAAAUUUGCAAAAGGUAGUGAUUGACGAAGGCCCGAUUCUUCACUGCUGGAAUCCUUCUGCUGUGCUGCACUCCCGGAUUGGGCGAGCUCGGGCGAUGUGGAAAAGUGAGGCCUUCACAAAGCCGCCUCCUCAAAUGGCACCUCGCGGCCUGCUGCCCGUCCCGCUUGUGAAGCACCCACCUCUUCAGGCACUUGAAGCCGGACCUGUGGUGUGCUCCCCAAUUCCGCCCAUCAGGUCUCCAUUUUCAGGAGCCCCUCCUGACGGUCCAAACUUGACUCCAAACCUUUUAGGGGGGUGCCUGGCUGGAUCGACUGGGGCACUCACGGAUUCUGCGAUUCCAAGACCAUUUGCCAAAGGGCACAGUGACCUCGGCGAUGUGAGGGACGCAAAGAAGCGAAAAGCUGAUGAUGAGGAUGGGCAGCUGGAUUUGGCGGUGGAGGGUUUCCUCCGGCUCAAUGGCAUCGAUGGCAAAUCCUGUCGUGCUAUGCGACGACUGCCGCGGCCUGAGCAGCGAGCGCUGAUCGGAAUGGAUCUGCGGCAUCGCCGCAAUCCAUCUGCAGCUCUGUGGAUGCAGAUCCAGAAGAUGCGGGAGGAGAGCAAAGAAGAGAGCAGAGAGGACGGAAACGAUCGAAGCGAUCCUUGGCCGCCUGGAGGCCCCCAACCGACACGGGCAGCCCCCUUCGCCAAGUUGCCACCGCCUCCGCCACCUCCACCCGCCAAGCCACCGGCAAAGGCAAAGGAGAAUGGACCUGUGGCACUCUCACAAGCGGUGAAACUUGAGUCGCUUGAGCAGGGCAAGCCAAAUCAUGAACCUAAAGAAGGCGGCGCUGUGGCUUUUGUGUUGUUCCGUCACGGUGGCGGCGCCAGUGUUCCAGAAUUUGUCGAAGUGCUCGAUCACCUGCACGCGCUGACGUGCGGCAGAGCAUCGUCCUCGGACAUCCUGAUAAAGGUUCAGCAUGCCUCUAAGAAGCAUGCUGAGUUUCGAGUCGAACAUGGGCCAAACGGAGAAGCUCUGCUCAUGUUUUGCGACCUUUCCUCGAACGGGACAUGGCUCAAUGGAGACAGGCUCCCAUCGGGUCGCUUGACGCGACUACUUUCUGGCGAUAUUAUCUUCUUCAUGCCGCCGGGCAGCAGUGACGAUGUCCCUGCAUUGCAAGUCGAGGAGCAGCAGACCAAGAGCCAGGAGGAGAGCCUUGCUGCUCUCUGCAAACGGGAAGCGCCCCCAUCCCAGCAAGAAGUACCGCAGCUGUCGGCCACACCCGCCCAAACUGGGCUCGAAGUCUCUGACUGGAUCCACAGCAUUGGCAGCGGAGGGAAGCUUUGCAAUAGACUGAUUUCGGAAAUCGAGAGCUCCUACGAUCACAUUCGACAGAUCAUCGACAACUACAGUGAAAACAUUGGUGACUUCCUAGACGUGCAUUGCGUCAACGAUCGCGAAGAAGCAGAAGUGCUUUCUGCUGCUUUGCGGGCUUUAUGCUCGUGGGAAAAGAGGGUGCCCUGA